UGUAAAGGAUAACUGUCUUUAAGAGCGUAGCUUUAAAGGUUGUUCAUGAGUUAAAGAGCGUGACAGUAAACCUAAGAGCCAUGUCCUUGACGCUAUUACAAAUCAAAGAGAACCCCAACGUCGUCAAGGCAGUGCGUGUGUCGUUGCGGAGAUUUUUGCGCGGAAGCCCCACAAUUUAACUGCCCCAACGCUUGGUUGUUCUUUUGGCCAGAAAAUCAUUUGUACACUUGCUUGUGUUGUUUGUUUGUUCGGCUCAUUUGACAAUCGGUUGUGUUGUUUGUUACAUGGCUCGGUUGUUCGUUGCUCGUUUCACAUCGUUUCAGUAUAAAAUGUGACCGACUCUACAUGGCAAAAACAGUCUCCAAGUGAACGUCGCCGCAGUCGGUAUAUGUUAGUGGCAAAAGCGGAAAAUCGGCGGAAAAUCAGUAGCGCAAGCAAACAAGCGAGCGAACGAACGAACGAACGCGACAAUCGCGACGACAACAAUAACAACAAAAACAUAAGCGAAAAAAGUGAAAAAUCGUACGCAAACGAGCGUGUGAAUACAAAAAAAAAAAACGAAAUCGAAAAAAUGUGUUGAACGCACACAGCUGUUGUUGUUGUUGUAAUGUGAAGUUUCCCAUGUAUUUAUGUGUGUUUGUCUGUUUGUGCGCCUAAGUGAGCGGAAGCGCGGCCAAUUUUUGCCAGGAAAUUGAACCGAAUUCAAUUGAAGUGCGUCUAGAGUGACAAAAAAGUUAAAAUAAUAACAACACAAAAUACAGUAACAACAAAAAUAACGUAAUUUAAUAAAAAUUACAACAAAAAACUGGAAAAAGCUGCGUUCGGAAUUUGGGCGUGCAGAAAAAGGAUAAUCCCAAGGUGUGUGCGCGUGAUUUAGCAUAUUUGUGCAAGUUGUUUUUGUUAUUGGUUUUUUUCCUUCGUUACACAUUUCCUACACUUUUUUGUUGUUGUCUAAAUUUCAUGGUGUUUAACUGUGUAUAGCUCCCGAGGCUAUUAAUGACUGUGGGAGUUACGUGAAGGUAUUGCUGUUGUUGUUGUGUGCGCCAAUCGAUAAAUUGUUACAAAAACAAUUACAACAACAAAAUUACAUAAUUAUAUUACGCGUGUUGUUGUUGUGGCAUUGCAAUUAGGCGUUUACGCUCACUUUGGUAUGCCAAAGCAAAGCGCUUAGUAGGCAAACUGCCUUUCUGUGGUCGUCGCGUUGUUGUUGUUGCUGGCAGGUGCUAUUGAUGUGCCAACCCCGGUUACGUUCAGGUGUCUCAUUAAACAACCGCAAGUGUGCAAAAACGUGUUGGAGCGUAAAACAGCUGGCGAAUCUUACAAUUUCUCAAUAACGGUGUAGAACAAAUUGCAACAGAACCCGCAUUCUUGCGGUCGCGUUUGUUACACAGGAAGCAAAUGCUAGGGUACAAGCAUACAAAAGUGUUACAUACAAAUAUAUACAUCUGAAUAUAUGAGAGCUAAAUCACUUGGCUUUUGGUUGCUUGCAUUGACCUUCUGUUUGUCACUUGGUUCGCAUUCGGUUUUGGUGUUAUGAAUUGUGUUUAUUGUAGUGGUUGUUGUUGUUGUGGCGGUUUCGUUUGUGAUCGCGGUGUACGUGAAGCCACAAUAGUGAUGGCCUGUGUUGCGCUAACAAUUGUCACGGUACAAUGAUUUGGCAGCUUUUGACUUGCCGCUUUGUUGUUUGCACGUUACGCUUGGCUGGCGCCUAUGAUGAGCCAGUUGAAAUGGUUGGAAAAUAAUGAGCGCUAUUUAAAUUGGUUUGAAAAGAGAUAAGACAAGAUAAACUGGGAAUUAACAUAAAGUGACGUCAGUUGGUGGAAAAAUUAAAGUUGAAUGGCAUUGAAAACAUAUUAUUAGCUUCGACUGGUGACAGGAAGUUAAUACAAUUUUACAUAAAUGGAAGAUCAAAUGUGUUCAAAAAGAAAAAGAAGGCUGAAAGUUAUAAAGUUGCAUUAAUGAAGUACGCGUAAAGUACAUAUACUUAAAAUUAUUCACUACAACAAGUUUCUUGCUGUUCCACAAUUACCGACGAAAAUAUAAAUAAACAAUAUAGUGGACAACUCUACAAUAAGACUAUUUCAAUAAAUACACACUUAACUAAAGAAAGCUGGUGUUGAUAGUAAAUUUUAAUGAGGCCGGCCUAAGCUAUAAAUAGAAACCCGGAUACUACUCUGAAGAAAAUAUGAAAGCAUUAGGCAUGUGGAGGUGACUACUUCAUCAUUUGACCCAUGGAGUCUCUUUGAAACUAAGUUACCUACAGUAAGCGUUCAACUGUUGGAAAACACCGCAUAGAAAUGAAUUGCCGAUAUAAAAAGUGUUAAUAAACAUCAAGUGGAAGGGUAAAUAAACAACCGUUAAUAGCAACAACAAGAAAUAAAGAAGCUCCAUAAACAUGAUUACGUGAGAAAAGCCACGAAAGCGCAUUUAUUAACGAAUUAAAUGGACAGCAAUUGCUGGCGCAAUAAAAGUAAAGCCAACAGAAAGCGAAAAAAGCAACUAAAGCCGCCAGCGAAGGCUACGAACACCGCCAUAACGCUUUGGUGAUAACGGCACUCGUAGCAAUUGCAAAUAAAAAAAGCGCAGCUUAAAACAAAUCAUUUCGCACUCUCAAACAUUGGCGAAUUAUGACAAAACAUUUUUCUUCUGCAUGCUCGCUUAAAUCGCCGCUUGAAGACAACUUGGCUGAACAACAGCUGAGCGCAAAAUGUCGCUGACCACAUAUGGGUUAACACAGUGUUGUUGUUGUGCGUGAGUGUAAAAUCGAAACGAAUGUGUAAGCUGAGGAAAAAUGCGUUUGCACGGCAAUAAACGCCAAAAAUUAAAACAACAACAGCAACAACAAUGCAGCAAUACAACUGAACAGAACAACGAAAACGAAGUCGACGCAGCGAUAAAUCAGCAACAACGAGGUAAUAAAACCGGGCAGCAAAGAGAGGAACAACAACAAGUCGAGCAGACGAGAAAGGAAACGGUAUACGCAUCCGCAACUAAAUUAAAAGAAGCCACUUUCAUAAAGCGCAGAUACACGGCGCAUCCAACAACAUUCCAAGUUGCAACAACGCAGAGUCGCAAUCACACCCGUUCCACUGCGGCGCCGCCCCACUCCGCACCAUUGCUGCUGUACACCGUCCCUCGACUACUCAUACUCUUCGUGCUCUGCUGUGCCAUGCCACCGCAAGCACAUGCCGACUGGUUGAUGGACUGUGGUGACUGCCUAUGCAAAUGGCAGUCGGGCAAGAAGACCGCCGAUUGCAAGAAUCUUACGCUGAGCGCCGUGCCGGAGAAUUUGAGCAAUGAGGUGCAAGUGCUGGAUCUCUCCUUCAAUCGUGUCGCUAUACUCGAACAGAAUGCCUUCCUCAACGCUGACUUGCAUAAUCUACAUAAGCUCUUCAUGCGUAAUGCGUCGCUGCAGCAGAUCGAUCCGCGCACCUUUACACAACUGGAGAUCUUGAUCGAAGUGGAUCUGUCAAAUAAUUUGCUGCGUAAUCUGCAAGCAAAUGUCUUUGCGCGACUGGUGAAAGUGCGCGCGAUUGUGCUGAAUGGUAAUCUCUUGGAAACGCUCUCUGAUGGCGUCUUCCAGAAUCUCAAGUACCUGCAUAAGGUCGAAUUGAAACACAAUCGGCUGAUGCGUAUCGGACAGCAGGCGUUCGGCAAUGUACCGCUGCUCUCACAGAUCUACUUGGAUGGAAAUCGCCUGAGCUUUCUACGAAAAGAGUCCUUCGAAUCACUGAAGCGUCUAACAGCGUUGUCACUCGAUUCGAAUCCGUGGAAUUGCACCUGCGAGCUGCAAAUAUUCCGCGAUUUCGUGCUAAAACGCAAUCUCUAUACACCGCCUACGGCCUGCUAUUAUCCCGUACACUUGCGCGGCAUGUUGUGGGUCGAAGAUCAGCCCGAGGCCUUCGCAUGUAAACCACGCAUUAUAUUUCCGGCACGCGGUGCCUCCGUCAGCACGUCGAAGGAGAAUGUGACGCUGGUUUGUCGCGUGCAUGCCUCGCCGAAUACACACAUAACCUGGGAUUACAACCGCCAACAAUAUCGCUCCUCCACCAGCAAUAUCGGCGGCGGCAUUAAUGCAGUCACCACCAACAGUGGUGGCGGUUGUUGCGCCAACGGUCAGGCACAGCGUCUGCACAUAGAACUGCUGCGCGAUGAGCAAACGAAGGAGAAAGAGUUCGGACGUGAUGUAUUCAUAUCGCGUCUAACCAUUGUGGCUGCUGAAAAGAGUGAUGAAGGUACAUACACCUGCACGGCGGAGAAUGCGGGCGGCAAGGAUUCAGUGCAAAUUAGUCUGCUGGUGCAACGUCCCGGGUCACGCGAACUGCUGCUGCAAGGCAAUUUAGUCGUUGUUGUUUCGCUGAUGGCGCUGGGUUUGCUCGGCGUAUCGGUAUUUCUGGCGCUCGUCACUUGCUGCAUUUACAAACGGUUCAAGGCAAUGAGUCCCACAAGUCAUCGGCAUCAUCAUCAUCAUCUCGAUGGCGCUGACCAAUUGACGCCCGGCAUGGAUGGGCAGCAUACGACGACGACCACCGUGACCGGUGGCACUGAUGUGGUGCUCGGCAUGGACGAUACGGUAGGCAGUUAUAAACAUCACUUGCAGAAGAAGAAUGCGAACGGUGAUGUAGUCGAGGGAAAGGGUAGUGGCGGUGGUGGUGGUGUUGGCGUAGGCAGUGGCAAAUACACAGAGGUGAUAAAACAUGGCGUGACUGUGAUGGAUAAUGGCGGUAUGCUGUCAGGCAUCGGCAGCCGUGGUGGUGGUAUUGAUGGCACCGCUGCGCACAGAAGUGGCCCACAUGCGGACAAAAUGUACUUGGAGCGAAGCAAUGAUGAUACGCUCCACAUCAAGUACCCGCAUGGACCGUCCGCAGCGGAUAUAAAUCGUCUUCUCAAUGCGACAACAACAACAACAUUGGACAUGACAUUGGGUGGCAAAGGCGGUGCGCUCACCGGCAUUGGUGGUGGUGGCAAGUGGCGCACUGAAGUGCAGAUCACUGAAGGUCAGCUGGGCGGCGUUGGUGGACGUGCCGGUGAAUACCAACCUGACCUGCUGCCCGCGUACAGCACCCACAAGUCGGUCAACAAUAGUUGUAGUAACAGUAACAUUAAUGGUCAUGCCAACAGUGCGGUUGGCAAUCAGCAAGGACAGCUUUAUAGUCCGAUAAAACCAACGAGGACAAUAAAUCUGCACGAUGACCAGCAAAUGUCACAGCAGCAGCAGCAACAGACAACGCAUCAACAACAACAACCCAUUGUGGCCAAGAGUAAAUAUAAUAUCAAUGCGCAAGAGUAUCUACAGUCCAGGUAUGGCACGGCCAGCAAACCUCACGAGAAGACUUUGCGUCGCGGUGACGUGAUUGCAGUGGCGACGACCAGCAUCGCGCUCACCACGACCGGUUCAUUGCCGACGACAACGGUGAGCGUGUCCAGUGGCGCGGUGCCGCAGUCGGAAAGUGGCUUCUCAACGCUGCAACGACACAGUAAAUCAGUCGCGUUGCCGCCGCGCACACCCACCGAUACGCACGCCGUGACUGUGGCGGCGUCCACCAGCAGUAACAGUUAUGGCUACGAGUAUCGUCAGCCACCGCCGCCACCCUACAACUCGGCGCAUCGCACUGCGAGCGGCUUGCAGCUGCUUCAGCGUCGCACCAGCAUCAACAAUGAGGCGAACAAUAGUGAGCAAACGGGCGCGACGAAGGACCUUGGCUAUCGGGAGACAAUAAGCGGUAGCAAUUAUGGUGGCGCGGGCGUGGGUGAUGGUGCACGUCAGACCAUUGUGACAGCAUCCUCAUCACUGCAAUUCCUCACGACCACAGGCUACGGUGGCAAUGCGGCGCCCCAACGGCAGCUGCUUUGAUUGUCGACGCAGGCGGGUGUGCUGAGAUAGAAUAUCGGGCGGCUGCUCUAAGCGGCGCGCUCGGUUGCGGUGAUUUGUACAGGCGGUUGAGCAUUGGUGGAUGGCAAGAUCUUUAUUAUAACUAUAACUUAGUAAUAAAGUGGAAGCAAGGUGAACUGGAUUCCUUAAAGUACUUUCCAGUGAGUUAUAGAAUUAUGUGGUAAAAUAUCAGGAUGCAAAUGUUACAACUUUAAAAAUGCGAUUCCGAAAAAAAACGUUAUUUUGAAAACUAUAUUCAAAGAAAUUCACUUAAAAAGUUUUAAAUAAUAGUGUUAAAAUGUUUACUUCAAUAUUUUUAAAUCACUAACAGCCGGUUACACGAAACAAAUUUAAGUGAUUAUUUGUUAUUAUGUUUACGUUUUCUAUCAGCUGAUUUCCAAUUUUUUUCCAUUGUAACAAAUAAAUACAAUUUUUUAUUUACAUAAAUCUGCUUUUUUGCUUACUGACUAUCCUGGCUAUACCAGUGUGACCCAUGUAAAAUUAGUCGAUUUUUGUGAUUUUUUUUUAAGAAAG